AUGCCAAAAGGUGGCGGAUUGAAUGUUUGUUUGCCAACCUUAAGAACCUCAGCAAUUCCUUUGCUUUUUGCAAACACUUGCAGAUUCAUAAUGUUCCAAGUAGUCAAGGAAAAAGAGCUGCAGAUAUAUAAGGCGCUUUGUACUUUGAAUGUCAGAGCCAGUGCUUACGGCCUCAGUUUCUUUAUAGUUUAAUCUGUUAAUUGCCUCUACACAGCUUUGAUGAUAACUCUACCCAAUAUCCCAAUCAUUUAAGGAAUUAGUGAGAUUCCUCUAUUCUUUCUAGCUAACUUCUUGUUUGGAGAAGCAAUGAUUUUGUUUUCUCUAGCUAUUACAAAUGCUUUUAAUGAUUCAAAAUUCUCUACUCAAAUUGGAUUUUUGACUCUGUUUUUACCGAUAUUUAUGUAUAUUGGGAUAUUGGUAUUCGUAUUUGAUCAACAUCAAUACAUUUUACUUUUCUUUUCAUGGUUGCCACACCUACCACAUCAAAAAUUAUUAUAGCUAUAUCUUAGAUCUUACUUUGAAGAUAGCAAAAAGAUCUUAGAAAUCAAUCAUACUAUUCAAUUCAGUGUGUUAUUAGCAAAUAUCCCGUUUUGGUUCUUUGUAUACAUCUUAUCCAAACACUUAAGUCAAAUACAUCCUUAUAAAUUUAGAUAUAGAAUUUGUGAAAGAUUUUCGAGGGGGAAAAAAAAGAGAAGAGAUUAUUCAAAUUUUAACAGAAAAUCUGUGAUUCAAAGCGAAGAUAAUUAUACAUCAACUUCAAGAAUAUUGGAAGAAGCUUUGCUAAUGGAUGAUUGCAUAAAUAUUUAGGAUUUGUGCAAGUCUUACCAAGGAAAUAAAGUGUUAAAAGAUUUUUCCUUAAAAAUCCAAUAAAAUGAAAUUGUUUGCUUGCUUGGAAAUAACGGUGCUGGCAAAACAACUUUGAUCAAUUUGCUUGUGGGACUUAUUAAGCCGGAUUCAGGCCAAGCUACUAUUUAUGGCUAUGAUCUUCAAAAUGACAUAUAAUAGUGCAGAAGUAAUAUUAGACUAUGUUAAUAAAAUGAUUUCCUCUAUCAAGAUCUAACUCCUAAAGAGCAUAUUAACCUUGUUUGUGAAAUGAGAAAUAUAGAUAAAGAUUAGAUCGAUGAUAUAAUAUCUUAGACUCUAGAAACUGUAAUGCUUGAGAAUGAGUAAGAUAAACCUGUAAAGCAUUUAUCAGGAGGUAUGAAAAGGAAGUUAUCUCUCGGAAUGGCUUUAAUUGGCGAAGCCAAAUUUAUCAUUCUAGAUGAACCAACAUCUUGUCUUGACUACUAAUCAAGAAUUUAAGUUUGGAAAAUUAUUAGGGAAAUCGGGAUCGGUAGAUCUAUCUUAAUGACCACACAGCAUAUUGAUGAGGCUGAUUAAUUAGGAGACAAGAUUUGUAUAAUUAAAGAGGGAUAAGUUAUUCAUUUUGAUACUCCAGAAAACUUGAAGAAAGCCCAUUGUUACGGUUUUAGGCUUGAGAUAUACCCUGAAAAUCAACUUUAUCAAAAGGAGUUUGACAUUCAUAAAAACAGCUUAGCUUAAAUGGUAUAAAAUAUCAUCCCUUAAUCAUACCUAUUAAUCCCUCAGACAAAAUAAAAACUAACUUUUAUGAUACCAUUCAAUUAGCAUUCAUUUAUUGCAUAGGUAUUAGAAGAAAUCCUGAAUAGCUAUCCUUACUUUUAUCCAGAUAUAUCAAUGAACAACCUAGAAGAUGCUUACCUUCAUAUUUAUAAUGGUUCUUUGAAUGAAUAUCUAAAUGACUUAAUACAAAUUCAGCAUUCAGAUUCAGAACCAAUAAUAGAAAAUAUUAGGGACACUUUAACACUAAAUAAAAAUUUUAGACUAUAACAGAGGACUACUGUAGCUAAAACAAGGAUUGAAAAACCUUAAUUUUUAGAAAAAAGCGCAUUUCACUAAAUUAAGCUCAUGAUAAAACUUAGAUUUAAGCUAUUCUUAAAAUCUCCUAGAAUGUGGUUCUAUUUUUUCUGUCUAACUUUGCCAAGAAUGUGUGUAGAUCUUUGUAUUUACUUUAAUCAAUUAGAAAAGACCGUUUAGGAUCCUCAAUUUAUGAUUCUUGUAAUAAGAAUUUAGACUUUGGUUUUUUGUUUAGUAUCAGGAAUUUUCCUUUAUGUAUUAGGCAAUGAUUUCUAAAGUCAAAAAAGAUUUCUUAUGAGAAUGAUGGGCUUGAGACCAAUCCCCUAUUAUAUUGGUUAUUACAUUUGUGAUUACAUUUUCUUCUUGGUCCCUAAUUUGAUAUAAAUAUUAUUCUGUAAUGCAAUUAGACUAAAUCUAUACAUUGAUUACCAACUUAUGAAGAUUAGCUGCACAGUUGCUUUUGGAUUUAUCAUUAUACCAGUAACAUACUUGAUAGGCUUUGCUUUCAAAGAAUAUGAUAAUGCUUUUCGAAAUUCUGGAUUAAUUUUGUAUACACUCGGCUUUAUGAUGGCUGACGCUAUUUCAUCAGUUACUCAGACCAAAUUUUAUGAAUAUGAGGCUAAUGAGUAUGAUUUGAAAUAUAUCCUCAUGAUAGAUCCAUUUGUAUUUUAUUACUGGGCCUAAGGAUUUCCUGUUACAAAUAAUUUAAUUAAAGAAGGAGAUCAUACAAAGAUAUUGCUUUAAUUUGGUUUCUGUUUUAUUUAGGUAGUUUUCGGGAUCAUAUUGCUAAUGGUUGUAAUGUAUUUGGACAUUAAAAAAAUGAAAACAAUAUAGCAGCUUUAAAAUGUAAGAGAUACUGGUUUACUAGAUAACUCAGAUUCUUAAAGAAUAAGCAAAAAUCUUUAAAGUAGAGGCACUUUAGGAAGAGAUACAUCUCCAUCAAAUUAAAAUCCAACAAUGAAGUUUAUUAUAGAGACCUUUAGACUGAGUAAAGUAUAUCGUGAUUAGAAAAUAGCUGUUAAUAGGAUUAACUUCUAACUUUAAAAAGGCUCAAUUAUAGGAAUUCUGGGUCCUAACGGUGCUGGUAAGACCAGUUUAUAUAGUAUGCUUGCUGUAUAACAACCUAGAAAUUAGGGACACAUAAAUCUACUUGGAGAAAGCAUAGAGAGAUUUUCAAACAGUAGAAGUGGAAUGAACUUUGGAUUAGUCUGCUAGAACAACAUUCUUUGGGAUAAUUUAACAGUCGAUGAGCAUUUGAGAUUUGUCGGUAAUAUUAAGGGUUUCCCAAAAGAUUAUAUUGAUCAACAAAUGGAAUACAUAAAAUAAGUAUUAAGCUUGAAUGAGUAUUCUAAGAGACUUUCAAAAUAUUUAAGUGGUGGAAACAAAAGAAAAUUGUGCACAGCGAUAGCAAUGAUUGGUGCACCUUAAAUUUAUUUACUAGAUGAGUUUUCAGCUGCCUUAGAUCCUAUAACAAGGAAAAGAGUCUUCAGUUAUCUGAAAAAUCUUGAAAAUUCUUCAGUUGUUAUCAUUACUCAGAGAAUAGACGAUGCAGAGGAUAUUUGUGACAAUAUAGCUAUGAUGGUUGAAGGGAGAUUCAGAGAUUUUGGAACUCCUGCUUAUCUAAAGUAGCAGCAUGGAAAAGGAUAUCAACUUAAAAUUGAACUCUAUUCGAGGAAGCAUGAGCUAGAAAUUGAUGAUAUAAUUAAGGCUAAACUCCCAUUCUGUAAGAAAAUGGAAUUAAGCUAAUAAGAUAAAAUCGGCAUGCUUAGUUACAAUUUUGAUGAACUCAUAGAUUACUAAAAUAUUCGUGAGUUAGGACAAAAGUACAAAAUUGUGCAUCUUUUCAAAUUCAUCACUUAAAUGCUUGAGGAGAAAAAAAUUAAAGAUUUUACAUUGUCAAAAUCAACUUUAGAGGAGGUAUUUUAACAUUUUGCGAAGUCUGAGCCAUAAUGUGAUACAGAAAGUUAAAUUUAUGAUGAUGAAGAUAUCAACCUCAUAUGA